GAGGUGAGCGAGGAAGAGAUGGAGGAGCUAGUGUGCAAGGCCAUGCGGGUGGACCUACCUUUUGAGAGCCUGCUGCGACUCGAAGCAGAGUACGACCUGCUGGCGGGGGAGGCAGCAGCGGCGGCGAGGGACGUGCAGGCAGCAGCCGAGGCCAGUGAGGCGGCAGCCCUCUCGUGGGCGGCUAACCGGCAGCAGCUGGAGGCACGACUCCGCCAUGCCACACUCGCACUGCAGCAGGGCGAGCGCCUGGCAGCCCACAUCACAGCCGCACUGGCCCUCUCCGACUCUGCCCGCCACUCGUCCUCCCACCCUUCCCCGUUCUCACCACCAUCACCACCUGCCCAUGCCAAGCCUCACACUUGUUCACCCACCUUAAGCCGCCAUGCCUCCGCCUCUCAUGCGGGCUGUGCUGUGCAUGCUGCCUUGCACAUGGGUAAUGGUGUGGGCAGACCUGGACCCUCAGAGAGCAGGCAUGAGCCCUGGGUCACAAGGGACCGCAGUGGAGGGGGGAUGCGGAUUGGCCGCGCUGGAGAGGGCGGCUGUUUGCUGGUGAAUGGCAGUGGGGCGAGGGGGCUUGAAGGUUCAAGAGCUGAACACUUGAAUGGAGGGCCGAGCACCGAGGAGGGACGGCGGCCCUUGGAGGGCGGAGAGGGAGAGGAGAGGGUGUGUGAGGAGGGAGUGUUUGAGGAGGAGGGAGUGCGUGAGGAGGAGGGAGUGUGUGCGGAGGAGGGAGCAUGUGAGGAGGACCUACCAUUGGAGGAGAGAGUGCAGCUGUGGGGGGAGCGGGUGGCAGUGGUGGGAGGAGGGAAGAGCAUGGUGGAAGCGCUAAGAGCAGUGAGAGCAGCGCAGCACGAGUGGGUGCAGGUGGGGCUGGCGCUGGCACUGGCGGAGCGCGAAGUGGCGUGCCGCCUCGACAUGGGCGCUCCACCGCCGCCCACCGAAUCCUCUUUUGAGUCGACUCACAAUCGCCUCGACAUGGGUGCGCCGCCCACCUCCCGCCUCGACAUGGGCGCGCCGCCGCUGCCCAGUGACUCUUCUUUUGAGUCGACUCAAAUGUGCCGGGACAUGUGCACGCCACCCAGUGACUCUUCAGCCGCGCUGGGAGCUCUCAUGGGAGGAGGGGCGCGUGAGUUGGUGGUAGUGGAGGAGGUGGAGGGCUGUGUGGGGGAGAAUGGAGCGCAUGGGCAUGGCAGCAUGCGACAGUAUGAUGGAGUGAAGAGAUUAUGA